AUGCAGCAGCCAACCAUCAACAUCAAGACACGCUGUCGGCGGAAGCUGGACCUGACAACGAAGCUCUUGAACCUCCAUAUCUCGAAUUUGCCAGCUUUAUCCACCUCCAAUGAGCAACCGAAUGAAAGCCCUAUACGGAUAGUCUGUGUGUCUGAUACGCACAACCACCAACCUGUCCUCCCACCUGGAGAUAUCCUCAUCCAUGCAGGCGACCUGACUGAGAGUGGCUCCUUUGACGAGGUCCAGGCAGGUCUUGACUGGCUUUCAUCCCAGUCUCAUCCCCACAAGAUACUGAUCGCAGGGAACCACGAUGUUUUGCUUGAUGAAAUAUUUCUGGAGCGAUAUCCAGACCGCCGCUAUGGGGAGACGACGAGAACAAAGGCCGACUUGAAUUGGGGAAGUGUGACAUACCUUGAAGACUCGACGAUGACAAUCACUCUACCCACCAGGGCCGCACCACACGAACCCGAAGGUGUAACAAAGGGGAUCGAAAGAAGACUCACGGUAUACGGGAGCCCUUACACACCAAUCUACACCCCGUCAGCGUUUCAAUAUCACCCCUCGCCUGAGUUCUGGGAAAACUCCAAGCUUGCAACCUUGCCACCGCAAGACAACCUGAUCGUAGUCACCCAUGGGCCCCCAAAAUUCUACCUCGACCGCAGGGACUUUCACCGAGCCGGCUGUCCUUACUUGCUGCAAGAAAUCACCCGACUCCGACCUCGGCUUCACGUAUUCGGACACAUCCACGCCGCGCACGGGAGGGUAGAUGUCGUCCUCGACAGGGUGCGAGAGGCAUAUGACGAUAUCAGGAUCGGUUGGGGCGGAUGGGGAACACUGGCCUGGAUGGCGGUAUUGGUGGGCUGGAACAAGGCCAAGAGGGUGAUUGGGUUUGGGAAGAGCGACGCGAGCAAGGCGACAACGUUUGUCAAUGCGUCAGUGGUCGGGGGGAGACAAAAUGAGUUGACGAAUGAUGUCGUCGUAAUUGAGUUGUGA